CCGAAGGCCGGAACCGAGAACUUGCCAGACCGAUAUCACCUGACAUCGAAUUUUCCACCCUUCGUUAAUUGAGCUUCUCUUGGCGCCAGCGUAUAAUAGUAUCAAGUUUCAUAUCCGAUCGACCUGUUGGAGUCAGACACGGCGGCCGACUGACUACCUAAAUUCCAUUAUGGCCGCGCCGAUAUUAAGAUGCCUCUGGCCAUCCCUGGCAAGACGGCCGGCCGCAAUACAAAUACCAAUAUCCCUUCCUAAAAUACCCAUGCGAUCAUUCUCCUCGACGCCGUCCCCCAAUGCGACCCUAAACCAAGUCCUACGAGGAUGUCGUAAGCCCCAACGCGCGCGCCACGCCGUUUCUCCAGCUUUAUCCGAUACGGAAUGUCCGCAGCAGAAAGGCGUGUGUCUCAAGGUCGGCAUUACGCGGCCCAAGAAGCCCAAUUCAGGCGAGCGAAAAACGGCUCGUGUGCGUCUGUCCAGCGGCCGUAUGAUCACGGCCUAUAUUCCCGGCGAGGGCCAUAACAUCCAGCAGCACUCUGUCGUUCUUGUCCGAGGUGGCCGAAGUCAAGAUUGUCCUGGUGUGCGGUAUCAUUUGGUCCGGGGAGCCUUGGAUUUGGCUGGUGUCUCCAAUCGCAAGUCGAGCCGAAGUAAAUAUGGAACGAAGAAGCCGAAGAAGGCAUCUGUCGGCUCGUAGAUAAAUAUACAAGCAUUCCGCAGGUCUCGUUCAUACUAUUAGGAUUAUAAACAUCCUAACCUAAGAGGAUUCGGAAUAGGGGUAGUUACUUGGACGUGGACUGUACUUUUACUAUACACGACA